AUGCGGAACUACACCAGAGUCAUGAGUGGAAUGGCCUGCCAAGCUCUGGUAACUCUACGUCCAGCCGGGUCAACCGAGCAGACUCAGUGGAGCACUUAUGGUCAAGGCGCAGAAGUCUUCGGCAGCCCAGGGACGAAAUAUGAUGCUUAUUCGGCUAUGCACCCGUCACGAGUGGGGAGCCCGGCGUUGGCUUUUGAUGGCUGUGAACUGGCUCCGAGUUCAACGAGAGUAGAGGCGACAGCUGAUAUGUAUUUCUUCCAAGAGAAGUUCGGCAUGCCCAUGUCAUCCACAUUGCCGGAUGUGUCCGACAUGUGUCUGGGUUUGCCGGUGCCUGCCGACCAAACAGGUGAAGCGGCCGAUGUUCCUGCUUACGUGCACGUGCCGCUCCGGCUGGAUGAAAUCGAUGCAGACUUGCUGAAAGGAGUGGCUGCAGAUGCCAGCAGCACCACGGAUGCGAGUGAGGUCAGCACCAUGGACGAGCCCAUCGCGGAGGUUCGCUUAAAGAGCCGUGGAUGGAAAGCUAUGCUUACACUGCCUGGUACGGCAACGCAGGUGCUGGAAGCGACCUCUCAGGCUAUGGCAAUUUUGGAAAUGAAGGCAUGCUAUCGGCGUCCAGUUGGAGCGCGUGGAACGAAGGUCCUUCGCUCAGCACAAGAACAGUGGAACUUCGUUCUGUCUCCUUUAUCCCCCGGGGUGCUUGAGAGUACGUCCCUGCUGGAAGACAUCAUCAAGGAGAUUGCUCGCGUUCCAUCGCAACUGGACGCGGAGAGUGUCCAGCAGGAGCUUCUGCGGCUUUACGACUUGUCACGCUGGGGAGCUGGCAAUGCCACGCUGGCCCGCUGCUUGCGGUGCCUGAAAGACCCGAACGAACCCGUGAGUGGCAAAAUCGCGAUGAUGCGUGUGCUUGAUUUUUUGAUGGACGUGAAAGAUGGCCAGCUCGCGGACGCUUUUUCCCGCGAGCUGAAAUUCUUCGUGAACAUCGCGAAGAAGACUAAGGAGAAGGAGCGGCGGAAACGACGCCCAACCUCCGUAUUCUCCAACAAGGCCCCUGCAGAAGACAUCGAGGCGAUGCUUUCAAUUACUUUGGAGCUGCUAGACAAGUGGGGUCGACACUACGAGACGACAGCAAGCCCCAACGGAAUGAAGAUCGUGGAGGCCUGGAGGGAGCUGACCAAAGAGAAUGUCCGCUUCCCCCACAGCCCCGCGGAAUACGCAUUCCUGACGAAGCCCUCGGCCAGCCGGGAUGCUGGAGCUUUUGGCUUCGGCUUCGGGCCGAGUAUCUCGAACACCUCGAACAUUUCGAAUUCGAGGCCUUCGGCCCCUUCUGGGGCCCCUUCGGCUUCGGGGACAGAGGAGGAGCUCUCCGAGGAAGUCCUGCAGAGCCUCUGCGCCGGCGUGCAGAGUGCGCUGGCCCAACACGGGCAUGGCUCUCCGGAAGUGGCGGAGGCCAAGGCGCACUUUGAGUCGACGCUGGCGCAGUGGCAGCACGCCGCAGCAGAAGCGGUGGAGAAGGGUGACAUGGCAGCCUACGAACGCCUCUCCGAAGUCGCUGUUCGAUACGCAGAGCAGGGAAACAGACUCGACUCAUCUCAUUCGCAGUCGCCAUCCAUCUCGACAGAGUUCUCGAGGACUCUUUCUGGCGUGUCCCCAUCGCCACCAGAUUCGGACACCAUGCAAGAAAGCCACACGAGUUCACAGAAGAAGCAUCGGCGCCGCAAGAAGGAGGUCCAGGAGAUCCAGGACGCCUUUGAAGUCCAGCCGGAUGUGGCGAUGACUCCGAGCUUCGGGCAUCCUCAGACCAGCUGGGAGGAGGCGGAAGCAGCGGAUGCGGCCGCCGCCUACCGUUCUGGCGAGUUUGGGGGAAGCUUCGGCUUGGGUGCCAGCUUCCCUUCAGAUCCUGGGAACUCCGAUCCUUUCGGGGCCCAACCGGGUACGGAGAAUUAUGGAGGCUUUGGGGCUGCCUUCCCUGAUCCCGGCCUCUCGCAGUUCGGCAGUGACCAGGCCAGUGUGCAGGGCACGCACGAUGCCUACGGCGGGUACGGUGACUACGGCGCUUACGGCGCCUAUGGCGGAGGCCUGGGCUAUGGCUAUGGCGGCCACGGCGCGAGCACGCCGGGCUUCGAAGCGCCAGAGAGCCAGCCGACAGAAGCUUCCAUCGACGACCCACACUCUCGAGGCGAUGCCUUCAGCGGAUCUGCAAGCGCUAUGCUGGCCAUGGCUGCGACCUCUGGAGGCGACAGGCUUCCCUCUGUGACGGAUGAGGGCUUUGAGACUCCGGAGGUCAGCGUCGGCCACCAGGCCAAAGGUGAAGAUUCCCUGCGCCAACUCUGCGACCAGUUGCAGGCCGAGGUGGAGUCGCUGAAGGGCCAGCUGCGCAGCAGCUCCAGCAGCUCGAGUUCCAAGGAGCUGAAGGCAGCUCAAAAGCGCAUCAAAGAGCUGGAGCUGCAGGAGGGCCAGGGCAACAAGGAUCUGACCAUCGCAGCUUUACGGGACACCAACGUGCAGAUGCAGGCCGAGCUUGACCGGCGCUGUGAAGAUCUCGCAGCUGCGCGGCGCAAGGCCGCGGAGGCCGAGAAGCGCUUGGGAGAGAAGGAAGAGGUCUUCUCCGACACGUGCCAGCGCCUGGUCGAAGCACAGCAGCACAUAGCGCAGCUGGAGGAGGAGCUCGCCCACUCCAGGGAGGUCCAGGAUUCACUUCAGAACCGACUGCAAGGCGCCCGAGCUCAACAGACGGUGGCUGAGGUUGAGCUGAGGCAGGCAAGGCAUGCGCUUUCCUCGGCCACCGGCCUGGAAGUUGACCCGCGCAGGAGAAGCAUUCCGUACGGUGGGGGCGGACUUCCGGCAAGUGGGUCUCUUCCAGCAAGUGGGUCGCUUCCAGCAAGUGGGUCUCUUCCAGCAAGUGGGUGGCUUGCAGCAAACGUUGCUCCAUCUGACUUUCAAGCGCCCCACCUCAGCGUGAGUCAGGCCGACGAGCUGGCUUCCUCGUUCUCCGACAAAACAUCGGUCCCUGGAAGGUUGGAGCCGGAGGCCGAUGGCAGGCCGCCAAAGGCGGCAGCUCUGGUGCGGAGCACUGCCGAGACGUGGGCGCGAACUCCCCGGAUUUGGCAGCCACUGGGAGCCCUGGUGAGGCGGAUGCCCCCAUCGAACGAGCUCGCCUUGAGAACCGCCGCGCACUUCCGCGACCUGCUGACGAAGCCGCAGGGCAUCCUCUACGAAGAUCAGCAGGUCCUCCUUGCCUUGCGCAUGCGCUUAGCACCUUCAACAUCCACUUCUCGACCGAGAGUCGAAUUUGAGGUUACGCUUUCCAACCGCAGCGGACAUCAGAUUCACGACAUCAAGCUGCAACCAGCGGCGGAUGCGCACAGCGUGGCAAGCCGCUUCGACUUGCAUCUGCAGGUCGUUGGCCACAGCGGUGCUGGCCACGCAUCGUCGAUGCUUUGGCCGCAGCACCAGCUACAGUUUCAGGGCAGAUUGGAGGUAUUUGGCGUGGUGGAUUCUUCUGAUGGGGGCCCGCAGGUCGACUUGUCCUACCUUCUGCCCGACAACCAAGCUCUCAGGGCUCGCUUGCGCCUACCUCUGGGUGCUACGCGGCUCAUGGCCCCAGCGCCCAGCAAGCCGUUGGCCCCAGUGCGGGCGCUGCAGCUCUGGGACGCUCCAGAAUUCGAACACACGGAGGUCUCGUGUGUCUGCCAGCUGCGCCCCUCGCUGGCGGGGCGUGUGGGAGCAUUUGCCGUGUGGCAGGCCCUGGAGAUGGGCGGUGCCCUCAAAUGUUUGCCAGGUGCCGGGGGCUUUCGUGGCGCCCUCUUCGGCGGCUCCUACGCCCCCCUGGGACCGACGGGUUCGGGAGGAUCCGGCUCCGACGAUGCCGUGGACGUGCUGAUGAGGGCCGAGCUCGGGCCGAUUCCCGAGGCCGAGGCCUCGACGCCCCGCGCGAGCAAGGAGGAGCUAUGCCGGAUUGCCGUACGCUCCACUUCCCAUCUCGUCAACCGCGGCGUGGCGCAGGCACAGCUGCAUGGCUCCUGUGCGGAUGGUAAAGUGGUCACCAAGAACUGGAUGCGUGUGGAAAAUGGGCGCAUUGCUUCCAGUGGGUGUGGCGAGCCUCCAUCGCACCCAGGACAGUCUCUGGACCUGGAGGGGCGAACUGUUCUGCCGGGACUGGCAGACAGUCACCUGCACGUCUUUGCAUUGGGGAAAGCAGACGCCGCUGUACACCUGGGCGACUGCAAGUCCAUUUCGGAGCUGCAGGAGAGGACUCGCGAGCAUCUGCUCCAAGAGCCCCCGCUGAAAGUCUUAGAGGGCAUGGGCUGGGACCAAGACCUGCUCGGCCGCAUUCCCACAAAGCAGGAUCUCGAUGCAUGCACUCCGCCGGACGUGCCAGCAGUGUUCUACCGACGUUGCCACCAUGUCUGUGUUUUGAAUUCUGCAGCCUUGCAGAAAUGUGCGAUCACGUCAGACACCCCUGAUCCCGAUGGUGGGGUCAUUGAGCGGGACUCUGACAGGCAACCAACUGGGGUUUUGAAAGAAAGUGCAUUGACACUACUGCUCGAAAACCUGAAGGAGGAGGAGCCGAUCGAACGUGAGAAAGCGAUCUUGCUAAGAGGGCUGAAGCUCUGCGUGGAAAAUGGAGUCACCUUUGUCCAGUCCAAUGAUGGGAAGACUCUGGGAGGAAUUCGGCGGCCGUUUGAUGCAUACGCCGCCCUGGCAGAUGAAGAGCGGCUUCCUUGUCGGGUGUUUUUGACGGUGGAGUGGCAAGCAGUGGGACAGGAAGGUGCGCCGAAGGCAAAGGCAUGCCAUCCAUCCGGUCUCUUGUCCUGUGACCGUGCGAAGAUAUGGACGGAUGGUGGCCUGGGUGCGAGCACAGCGGCUAUGCUGGAGCCUUAUGCUGACAAUCCGACAAACAGUGGAGUCAUGCAGAUGACACGCGCGGAAAUCGACUCCACGCUGGCGCUCUUGAAGGAACAUGGCUUUCGAGUGGAGGCCCAUGCAAUUGGCGAUCGAGCAGCCACAGAUCUCAUUGAUGCUUUCGAGAAGCUCAUGCCUGGCAGUCAGCGGCCAGUGCUCACGCAUUGUCAAUUUCUGAACCGCGAUUUGGUGAACCGCAUGUCUAAGUCCGGAAUCAUCGCCAACGUGCAGCCUCAGUUCGUUCCCUCUGACCUCCCGAUCGUGAAGGCUCGCGUAGGCGAAGCUACUGAGCGCUUUCAGUAUGCCUAUGUUUGGAAGACAUUGAUGAAGAGCGGGGUGCGUGUCGCUGGUGGCAGCGAUGCGCCCGUGGAGUCUCCAACUCCGUUGAUUGGCAUGGCUGAUGCAAUGGAACAUGCCCUUUUUGAGUCAGAAAGGAUGACCUUUGCGGAAGCGCUUUCCAUGUAUACCAUGGAAGCGGCCUACGCCGCAUGGGCAGAGGACCGACUUGGCAGCUUGGACGCAGGCAAAGAGGCCGAUUUCAUCGUCCUCUCCCUGCGAGUGAAGGGCGAACCCAGUGCCGCCGAUUUGCGCAGUGCCGUUGUUGAGAAGGUGUUUGUGCAGGGAAGGCGGGUCUAUGACAGUGAGGGCGAUGAGAAAAGGAAGAAGCGUCGGUUGACGGUGGGAGAUGCCCCUGGCAAGAACGGGGUUCCAUAUCCUUGGAUAUCGGGCCGAUGCCCGUGCCCCGCGUGCGAUCCCUGA